AACCUUGCCAGUUACAGCACACACAGGAGGAAGGAGAGAGGGGGGACGGGAGAAGCAUGUUCUAGCAAGCUGAGAGACAAGGCCAUCAAAUUGCAUAGAGUGGGAGCAAGUUACAUGCAAAGGCAAGAUAUUCCACAAGUUCUCCAACAGGACGUCUCGGAGACCUUUCCCCCACUGUUUCAUGACCACAGGACAUCUCAGCUUUUAUACUCUCCCCAAAGGCUUACUUAGUUGUUGUGCUGGUCACUGUUAGCAUUUUGCUUUGUUGUAACAAGUUAUGUCUUUGAAGAACAUCAUCUCAACCCUGUCCUUGAACCCCUACACAUGGAGGUGGUUUCAUUGAGAGUACUCCAGCAAUGAACUCAAGACACUUGAAUAAAUCUUAACUUAAUUUGGCCAAAGGGGAGCAAGUUGGAGUGACGUGGGUAGUAGUAAGGAAAUCCUGAAAGCUUGAAGUCAACAAGUCUUUUUUUCUUUUUUUGCUUUCUUGCUAUAUUGUGAAAUUGACACCAUGGGAAUCCAUUGGAUGUGGAUGAUGCUCGCCUUAGCAGACUUUCUCCAUGUAGCCUUGUCAAUGUCUACAUGCAAGGCGGUGGAUAUGGAACAGGUGAAGAAGAGGAGGAUAGAGGCCAUUAGAGGUCAAAUUCUUAGUAAAUUGAGGCUCACAGAACCUCCGAAAGUAGAAAGCGAGGAGUUGUCCAUUCCUGAGGAGAUCCUCUCCAUCUACAACAGCACAGUGGACACCAUCCAAAAAAGAAUAGAGAAGGAAAAGCCUAUUGUGGAGGAAUAUUAUGCCAAACAGGUGGAAAGGAUUGUGAUGAACUCUGAAGAUUUUCCAGAAGAGAAUCGGAACAGCAACGAAUUUGCAUUUACAUUCAACACGUCACGUGUGAGGACGAUCGUGAUCAAUGAGGAAUUUCUGCACCAAGCUGAGCUGCGCAUAUACCGGAAAAUGUCCAAAGCCGCAAACGGCACAGAGAUCAGAGUGGAGCUAUACAGGGUAGAUGGGAACAGUUCCUCACGAUAUCUGGACAGUUUGUUUGUGUGGCCGGGAACAGAAGCAAAUUGGCUGUCAUUCGAUGUGACGGAUUCUGUGAAAAGAUGGCUGACUCUCACAGAUGAGAAGAAAUCUUUCAAGUUGCAAAUGCCAUGUGCCUGUGAGAGCAGCCAAUCGAGUGAUCCCCAGCUGCAGAUAGGAGGGUUUUCAUACGCACGGGGAGACUUGGCAUCACUCGACAAAGAUCCUAGAUAUUACCCCUACCUUCUAAUUACAUACACCCCAAAGGGGCGAAUGGAGGAGACCAGCACCAAACGCAGCAAAAGAGGGGUGGAUGAAGAAUUCUGCCGCACGAACACUGGAAAAAACUGCUGUGUAAAACCCCUAUAUAUUAACUUCCGUAAGGAUCUUGGCUGGAAAUGGAUUCACGAGCCUAAAGGAUAUGAAGCCAAUUAUUGUUUAGGAAACUGUCCGUUUAUCUGGAGCAUGGACAAGCAAUACAGCAAGGUCCUGUCCCUCUACAAUAAGAACAAUCCUGGAGCCUCCAUUUCUCCAUGCUGUGUACCAGAUGUCUUGGAUCCUCUGCCCAUUAUAUACUACGUUGGUCGAACACCGAAAGUGGAGAAACUGUCAAACAUGGUGGUCCGAUCUUGUCAGUGCAGCUGAGACCUAUUUGUGGAGGUCAUAAGCUAUGGAAACAACAUGGUACUGGACACCACAAACUUUAGACAGAGUGACCUUUGGUCAGCAUUAGCUCUCACACCCUCCAUUUGAACCAUCCAUGUUAAAAGUCUUAGAUCAAAGGAAACUUUCCUCCUGUGUGCAUUAAGAACUGGGGUCACAGGUCAUCAGGUCAGCAGAGACUAUUCCUGUAGUGUACGCAGUGCUCUAUAGCAAUUAUUUCAGUACUGCUGCAAGUCCCUUCUACCUUCCCAGCGAUGAGGGAAAGAUCAUCAAAAAGGAAGCUGCACUCUCCAAGAACAGACCCAUUCGAAGUCUCUGUGUGGUCAGACUAUGAAGUUACUCAGAAAGCAAUACAGUACACCAUUGGGCAAUAUAGAACUGUAGGUUGUGAUACACUAUAUAGAUUGGUCAACGAGCAAAGGCAGAUAAUUCCCAUUAUGAGAGUUUCCAAUCAGGCCCAGUAAUGUUGGUUCAGUGUACAAGUUGUCAUGGUUUUGGUCUUAUCUAAAGGCAGUAAUCCAUUUGACGCAAUUAAGUAUACAGACUGUUAUACUGUACAUGCAAUAUGCCAUGGUGAUGGAUCAUUUUGAUGUAUGGAACGCAGUGGGAAGUGUUGCCGGUUUGUCUGGUACACUCUUCACUUUAUCUCUCUCCAAGUUUUGAUAAAGCUCCACUAUGGUAUGAGUUCUGGCGAGUGGUACGUGAUGGCUACAUGACAACGUAGGGUACAUAUAACACUGACCUUUCAAUCCUUUAUGCGACUCUAGAUUGACUUUGGUGCGUCCCUUCCCAAGCCCCCAAAUCUGGCACUGAAAUUUAGGAAGUUUAAUGCAACUAGGAUCUCCUUUAAUUGUCUCAAUGGACAUACUGCACCCUGAUAAUAAGAGUACCUGUAGGUCUGCUGAAAAGCACUGCAGGGUUCCAACACCUGUUAUAGCAAGGGUGGCUAAGCGUGGUCCUCGCGGACCCCAUACAGUUCAAAUUUUCCAGACCACCUCUGGAUAUUUUAAAAUGUACAGUAAGUAGUGACUUCAUUUGUGCAUCAGUUAGGAGAUCUGGAAAACAUGAACUGUUAGCAUUCCUGGAGGACUAAAUCUGGGCACCUCUGUGUUACAGAACUAUACUAAAAUAGUGGUGGCCAUCAACAACCGAUGGUUAUCAACCAUCGUGGGCAUGAUGGUGAGCUGUUUCACCAUCAAUGGGAGGCCAACCAUUGUUAAACAUCGGUGGCUCGAUCUGUGCAAUCACAUAGCCUAACCAUUGAUGAUUCAUUCCGAUGGUGAAAUCCUUCGACCAUUAAUAGCAGACCAUCGAUGGCCAUCACUAUACUAAAAGCAAGUGUGCCAUAGCAGGGAAACUACUGCAUAUCUGUUUGUGAAUGUUUCACGAUUGCUUUUCAUGUUGGACCAACUUGUAUUUUAGAUUAUGCAGGUCUAGAAGACUAAAGGAAUGGUUACAGCUGUCUAUUUAAAAACGGUUGAUGGGCCAUAUACAGUAGCGUAUAGGUUCGUCAUUUCAAACACGUCUGCACGGAUAAAUAGCAUGUAUUCAGUUCCUGCUUUUAAAUCAGUCCCUGCUCCCCCAGAGACUCAGCGGUGUGGGACACGAGUGAGUCAUCUCUUAAAAGGCUAUUUGUUUCACAAGGCUCAGUUGUUUAUUAUGAGUGCCCUUGGAUACUACACAAAACUUGUGCCUAGAUACAACUGUAUCCAAUGCAGAAAGCUCAGCAGGCAAGCAAAAUAAACUCAUCUCCCUGAUCAUAUAAAUACACAGCUAAAAUUAAAGGAAACUAACAAGAUAAAGAAACUUGAAGCAUAUAAGUUCAUACAAAAGGUAGAACCCUUUAUAAAUGGCACAGAGAAUGCCGCCCAACCUUGUGGGGCUAUGAAUCUCCCUAGAAAAAUGAGCAUUACUGAGAAAGGUGGUAUGGCAUGAUGGAUGGAAAGGUAAUGGUGUCUACUCAGGGAAAAGAGCAAAAUGAACACAAUACAAUUAGGAGUUUGCAAACUGCAAUUGAUAAGAAGGCAAAUCAUUUCUCUUUCUACAACAAAUUGUCUUUUUUAUGUGUUUUAUAUAGUUUGUCUUUUCUUAUUUAAAAAAAAAAAAAGAUUUAAAAGUAAAAAAAUAAAAGA